CGCGAAGGAGUUGACGCGGACCGGUGUGCUAAAGGAAGUAAUGAUCGAAUACAAGGCGAUCAAGGACAAGCUGGAGCAGGGGAAAGGAAAAGGGGCGAAGGGCGCAGAGCAAGCGUACUUCGCCGACGGUGAGGGCCGCAGGGAGCGGUACUCAAGUAAGAGUCAGGGGCAAGGUCGUGGUCUUGGCGGCGACCGUGGCCGCAGAAGCAGUCGUGGCCGCGGCGGCGGUGGUCGAGGCGGCCGCUCAGGCGGAUCCGGAGGAGUCGAGGAGAGCAAGGGAAGCAGCAGUGGAGGCGCCGAUGGCGGCGGUGGCGGGGACUUUAAGUUCCCGGGCCGGUGCUUUAGGUGUAGACAUCGUGGACAUCAAGCGAUCGGCUGCACUACCAACGAGAAGGAAUUCGUGCCGUGGUGUGCGCGCUGCGAGGGGUGGGGCCACACCAAAGAAAAGUGCGCGACGGAGGAGGCCGUCCUAGCGCAAGUGGUGGAGCAUGAGAGCGACGUGGACUCCGUGGAAGACCAGGCGUUUUGUGCCGUGGCAGUCCCCCCAGGCGAGUGUGGUACCGUUGGUGAAGUAGGUCUAGUGGGGGUUGUGGAACAAGGCCAGGCGGUGUACGUGGCCGACACAGCGGCCACGUGCUCCGUGUUCCGAUGUGCAGACAACUUCGUGAACUACCGUGAGCGUAGCGGUUGGGUGUAAGGGAUCGGAGGCGACAAGGCCCCCGUUCCUCUUCUAGGAUACGGAGAUGUGACCUUAGUCCUACAGACGGGAGAUGGUGGAUUACCCGUACCAGUACUGAAUGCUGCCCAUGUACCAGAGGCCCCCUACAACCUCCUCUCGCUGACUUCGUUGGCGGAGGAAGGCCACACGUAUUCGGGGGUGAAGGGGGGCCUCACCCUGACCAAGAAAGCCGGGGGGGAGGUGUGAUUCCCCUGGACUGGAAAGCUGCUGACUCAACGAGGCUAUCAAAUCAAGCCAACUCUACACACCGCCUGUGCCGCACUCAUUGUUCCUGGCGAUGCGAAAGCAGCCACCCCCACUGACCUCAACGAGUACCACCUCGCGCACGGCCAUGCCCACGAGACAUUGCUCAGGAUCACGGCGGAGCGGUAAGGAGUGCAGCUGAAGGAUGGACCGCGGCGUCUUGGCUGUUCGAUGUCCAAGGGACACGUGAAACCUGUUUAGAAGAGCACGAGCACACGCGCACUGCUACCUCUCGCAGAUGACGAGGAGGGCGGAGAGGGCGAGAGCAGAGCGGAUGCAUCACGCCAAGGU